GGCUUAAGUGUUAAUGCUUCAUGUAAACUGGCUUUAACAAUCAAUGUCGGAGCUGCAGUCUCGAGCUUGUGCGGCGCGCGCGCGCGCGGUGUUCGGUGUUUUCUCAACCGUUUUUCCAGAUGCCUAGCAGUUCUGAGGAGUAUUAAUUUAACUAUAAAUAUCCUGAAAGUCAAGUCUGUUUUGGCAAGACCGUCUGAAAAGUUUUGUGGGAUCAAAUAAUAAAAAUGAGUCUAUCUCCAGCCGUGGAGCCUAAGUUGGAGGAACUGAAGGGAAAAAUCAGACACCUACAGCAAGUCAAAAGGACACUUGAAGAGGAUCUGAGGGAGGCCCAGUGUCUGAGGGAUGCGCUGCAAGAAGAACAAGAUGCUUUGUGCACAGCGGUUCACCAGCUGGAGAUAACAUACAAAGAGAAAGAAGAGUCUUGCAAGGUGCUGCAGUAUAAAUGUGAGGAGCUGGAAUUUGAUUUAAAGAGAGAACAGCAGCUGAGCAGUGAGACCGAGGACCUUGUUCAGCAGUAUACCUUUCAAAUACAAGAGAUGAAGCUGAAACACAGGAAACUACGGAUGAAAUUUGAAGGUGAGCUUCAGCAGCUGAUGGCCCAGCACAAGCACCUCUACUCAGUUUAUUCUCCAGAACAGCUACCUGGAGAAAUAGAGAGGCUUCAGAAAGUCACAGCGCAGUUGCUAAAAGCAGCAGAAGAGCUGCGGCUGUCACAACUUAAUUCUCUUGAGGAGGAGCUAAAGCGAGUGGCCAAUGGGCAGCAGCCAGUGGGGGGCGCUGCAGACACAGCGGAGGCCCACAUUCAGCAGGCCUUUGUUCCUCACAUUGCUUAAAGCAGAAUGCAGCUUCAUGGAUUCCAGUUCGCCAAGCAAAAGCAAACCCAGGAGGAGUUGUUCUCGUUAGCACAUAUAGCAACAUCUCAAAUGAAAGGAGCCCAGACAUGUUUUUGUCUUGCACCACCACAAAAUUUCAUAAUGGACCACAUGAAUAGCUGGAAUAGCUGGAUGGUUUGUGGUAUCCAAAGCAGUAAAGCAACGUAGCACGUGUUAUUGUUUAUAAUUUACCCGUACGUCUAUGAAUAUUGGAAAACAGUUUACAGCUCUUCCCUUGUAUUGUUACUUUAUGAAAUAAAAUUGAUUUAAAUUCAGA